UUGCAUUUUUUACCUGCUUUCGAACUGCUAGGUUGGCAGAAGCUGUGACAAGUAAUGGGAAAUCACCCCGUUACGCGGCACUAGGGAUUCGAACCGCUGAACUGCCAACCUUUUGAUCGACAAGCUCAGUGUCUUAGCCACUGAGCCACUGCAUCCCUUUUGAUAGAAUACCAGACUUCAAUAAAUUCAUGUGUGUGGUGGGUGCUGAUAUGGCCGAUGAUUUUUGUUCCUUCCCAAUCGAACAGCUGUUGUUCAUUGUCAAUGUGGGUCGAGAUCAGGGAUUUUUGGUUGUGCUGUUUAAGUUCUAGUUGAUAUUCACAAACCCUUGUUUUUAAUUGCCUUCCUGUUUGUCCCACAUAGGAGAUGUAAAAGUCAAAGCGAGAGAAAAAAUACUCACCACACCAAAAUACCAAAGAGAGAAUGUCGCUCUGUCUCUACUCGAUCCUCCAAAUCUUUAGGCUCCCAAGAAUCAAAAGCAGCUCCUCUUCCUCCUCUUAGUCCAACAACGAGGCUCUGUGGGGCCUGAUCCGUCUGUGGGUUCAAUCAUUGGGCUGUGGGAGCUGAGCAGGAGAGGCAGGUCUCUGAGCUGAUGGAGACUUUGCAGAGAACUGUUUCCGAGAAUUGGGGGAGAUACGUCAACCGGCUGUAGUUGGAGCCCAACUUACGGGACAAGCACAUCAGAGUGUCCCAAGGCUGAGUGGGACCUGGCAGGGCUACUUGGGGGAAACUCCUAGGGGGGGCCAGGCCUGAUCCAAGUCACCUAUGCUUGGGAUGAGGGAGCAUCAGAGUUGCUUGAAUUCAGCAAGAUUGCUGGAGGGAUGGGCCCUUGAGGUCUUGAACAUAGACUGUCAGGCUUGUCCCGACUGGAUCAUUUAGGAAAGAAAGACCCUCGAUUCCAUCGUUGAAUUGAAGGUGUUGGUUUUACUAAAGUCAAGUGGUUACAGCCAGUGGUGGGAUUCAAGUAAUUUAACAACCGGUUCUGUGCCCUAAUGAUUUCUUCCAACAACCAGUUUGCCAAACUGUUCAGAAAGUUAACCACCGGUUCUCCCGAAGUGGUGCGAACUGGUUGAAUCCCAUCACUGGUGACAGCACAAGCAAGGCCUGCAUUUUUUAUAUCUCCCAUUGCAUUCCAUCUUCCCAGCACUGUCCUUGAUCAGCUGGACUGUUCCAGACUAACACCUCUGGUUCCUGACACCCUGUCAUUCCCCCCUCCUAUCACCCUGACUUCUCCCUACAUUUCAUGGCAAAAUGCCAGCAAAGCUGCAUAUGUUGGAGAUGGCAGACCUGACAGGAGUGCCAAAGGGCAGGGAAGUAUCCUAGGAGGCAGCAUCAGGUGGGGGCAGGCAUGCAUGGGUGCAAUCAGCAUUUCCAGCAAACGUUGCUUGCCCAGGAUGGAAGGGGUUGGAACAAAGAGCCUCCACCACAGAGCUUCCCCUCAACCCCCGGGAAGGAUUCCUACCAGCAAAGAGAGAGGUGGGAGAGGAACCCGGAGGACGAGGGUCUGGGGAGCACUUGGUGUCAUUCUGGAAUUGCAGCUGAAGGCCCAGAGAACAGGAUCCCUUCAGCAUCGCAUUGGCUGCGGGGAACUGCCAGCCAUUUGGGGCAUCAAUGCCCACUGUUCCCGAAAGCCCCAAAGUGCAGAAUCCAAAAGUUUGAAGGGUUGCAUAAAAAGGGGGGAAGGGAUCCGAUGACUGCCUCAAGGGCAGUGAGGAGGGGGUGACCCUCUUUUAAGGCCCCUUCAGGUCCUGCCUGUUCGUUCUGGGAGAGGACACUUCCUGGCCACUUCUGAGCAAGGCAGCUUCUCCUUUGGCUGAUUCUGUUUCUCUUUUCAUGCAGAAACCGCCAGAUCUGUCCUGGGCGACUCCUCUGGGUAGGACUGCAAACUUCGGAGGACCUGAGCGGAGGAUCGUCCUUGUGGGCAAAGGCGGAAACGGGAAAAGUGCAACAGGAAACACAAUUCUGGGAAGAAAAGCCUUUGUGUCUGGGAUGUCACUUAGACUACUGACCAAAACUUGCCAAAGAGAAGAGGCACAGCUGAAUGGCAGGAAGGUUGUGGUGGUCGAUACACCUGGCAUCUUGGACACUGGCUAUCCCAUGAGAGAAACUCUUCCCGAAGUGAGCAAGUGUAUGAAGUUUUGCUCCCCGGGUCCACAUGUCAUUCUGCGCAUCGUGCGUCCUGGCCUUUUCUCCCAUGACGAGAAGGAAGUGGCUCAGCUGAUCAGAGAGAUGUUCAGCUUUAGGGCCCUGAAUUACAUGAUCCUCUUGUUCACCCGGAAAGAGGACCUGGACGGAAGGUCUCUGGAGGAAUACAUAUCUGGGGAAGGUGUCUGUUUUAGGGAAGAGGCAUACCAUUGUGGGAACCGGUUCUUGGCUUUCGGCAACAAGGCCACAGGAGAAGAACGAGAGGCUCAGGUGGCCCAGCUGAUGACCAUGAUUGAUCAACUGGUGCAGAAGAAUGGGGAUGCUCCUUAUUACACGGAAGACAUGCUGAUGGCGGAGAAGUUCAAGGAAAAAUUCAAGUUGUUUUCAUAGAGACUGAUUGAUCCUCUGCUCCACAGUGGCAACUCUCCCAAAGGCCCUCCAUUUCCUUCCUUCUGUUCUGUGUUCUAAUCCAGCCCUCGCCAGGUGACUUCCAAAGUACCUGAGACUCAUGGCUGAGUCUCCCUGAGCCAAUUCCUUCUCCUGAGAACCCACUUUCUCCCCUUGGAUGACAGGACUUUCUUCAAAGCCACGUGAAAAUCCUGCCCCCACCCCACCCCAGUAUCAACCGGCCCCACAGCCUAAUUCUCUCCCAUCCUGGACCCCUGUCCCUUUGGAAGCACAGACACUCCCGGGCUUCCCAUCUGUCAAUCAUUUGAGGUAUAUCAGGCUGAGAAGCCACCAACGCAAGAAAUAUUAGAAGAAAAGAAGUCGAAAGUAGAAAUUGGGAAAAUAGCAUUAUGUAUCCUGAAAUAUAAUAGCCUAUUAUAAUUACUAUGUAUACACAAAUAUUCAAAAUUGAAAGAUUAUGAUUAUGUAUAUUUAAAUGGUAAUAUCAUUAUCAGAAUUGUAUGCAAAGUAUAUUAACCCAGACAAUACACGGUUCCCCAAGCACGUUUGGAUGUUAAAGAAAAAAAUCAUAAAUAAAAUUGAAGCCCCCACAACUUCUGAAAACAA